AUGCAGAAAGCUAUAGGGAAGGUCUCCGAAAUCGAUAAUGCUGAUGAAACCUACGAACACAUCCAUAAGGCAGUCUUGGACGAAGCACCCAGGAAACGCAAGGGAGUUGCUAGCAAGCUUCACAACAUGCGGCGGAUUUACUACGCUUCUGUUUCUCAAUACAUUGAAGAUUUCAUGAAGACUUGUGAUCUGGCUCAUCGACUAGGUUGUGGAUAUGAACCAUAUUUUGCGGCUCUUGUCCUGCUCAUCAACCUACGAUCUGACAUGCCGGAAUGGUGUGACAUUAUUGAUCAGCAACUUGAGGGAUAUGACAACUUGAACUACGCUGCUGAUCAUUUCCAUGAUCUAUGUAAGGAGGCCUUGGAAAAAGCUGAAACAGCAGAUGUGUCUGCCUUGUCAGAGACUUCAUCAAGAAACCGGAGGAAGCAGGUGUCGAACAAGAAAAAGGCAGCUUAG